CCAUGCUCCCAAAAUGGGACAUAAAGUGGUCGUCUUUGACAUUUCUGUCAUCAGAAGUUUGUGGGAAUCUCGUGUCAAAAAGCACAAAGCUUGGCAGAAGAAGGAGGAAGAGAGGCUUCAGAAAAGUGCAUUGGAAAAGAUAAAGGAAGAGUGGAAUUUCGUGGCCGAGUGCAGGAGGAAAGGUGUCCCGCAAGCCGUGUACUGCAAGAAUGGUUUCGUAGACACCAGCGUGAGGCUUCUGGAAAAAAUCGAAAGGAAUUCUCUUGCUAGGCAGAGUUCGCUUUCCAAGGAGAGAGACAAAAGGAGUAGUCCUUUUGUGUUUGAACUUUCGGGGAAGCACUGGACGGACCUCCCAGAAUCGUUGAAGGAGCAGACCCACCUGAAAGAAUGGCACAUAAACGAUACCCUGAUUCAAAUCAUUCCUUCCUAUAUUGAGCUGUUUCAAGCAAUGAGAAUUCUGGAUCUGCAAAAAAACCAAAUCUCAUGUCUUCCUGCAGAAAUUGGUUGUUUGAAGAAUCUGAGAGAACUCAAUGUGAGUUUCAACCAUCUGAAAAGCAUUCCUCCAGAACUGGGAGACUGUGAAAAUCUGGAGAAACUGGAUUUUUCUGGGAAUCUGGAAUUAACUGAGCUCCCCUUUGAAUUAAGUAAUUUGAAGCAAGUCACAUUUGUAGAUCUCUCAGUAAACAAGUUUUCCAGUAUCCCAAUUUGUGUCCUGCGGAUGUCUCGUUUGCAGUGGUUGGAUAUCAGCAACAAUGACCUGAAUGACCUGCCACAAGACAUAGACAGGCUAGAAGAACUGCAAACCUUCCUCUUGUAUAAAAACAAGUUGACCUAUCUUCCUUACUGCUUGCUGAACCUGAAGAAGCUCACCUUGAUAGCUGUUAGUGGGGACCAUUUGGUGGAGCUCCCAACUGCCCUUUGUGAUGCAUCCACACCUGUAAAAUUUGUAAGUCUUAUGGACAAUCCUAUUGAUAAUAACCAAUGUCAAGAUGGUGAAGAGAUGGAAAGUGAACAAGACCGCCAACAUUUUGAUAAAGAAUUUAUGAAAGCCUAUAUUGAAGAUCUGAAAGAAAGAGAGCAUGUUCCCAGCUAUACCACGAAAGUAUCUUUUAGCCUUCAACUCUAA